CCCCCGGUGCCGCCGUCGGGCCGCGCCGCCGGGGGCUGAACCCGGGCGCGGUGUGUGUGUGUGUGUGUGAGGGGACGGGACGGGGCACACGACGCCCCGAGAGCCGGCACCGAUCCGGGGGGGGGCAGCGGCCGCCGCGAUGUCGGCGCAGAGCCUGCUGAGCAGCGUCUUCUCCUGCUCCUCCCCGGCCGCCGCCGCCGCCCCCGCCGCCAAGAACCUCUCCAAGCGGAGGCUCCGCCAGACGCGCAGCCUCGACCCCGCCAUCAUCGGCGGCGGCCGGGAGGAAGGCGAAGGCGCGGGCCGGGCGCCGCGGGCGCGGACCACCGGCAGCCCCCCGGGGGAACGCCGCGCUCCUCGGGGAGCCCCGCCGCCGUCCCCCGGCGCUUCUUUCUCCACCCCCAGCACUCCGCUGGAGCGGUCUCCGCCGGGCAGCGCCCUCUUCGACGAGGAGAGCCCCCGCGGGAAGCGGAGCCCCGGGUGGGAGCUGCCUUUCCUGGCGCGCACCCCCUCGGCCUCGGCGUUGAGCGGUCCCGCCGGUCCCGCCAACAGCAGCAUCUUCUCCUCGCCCCGCCGCUGGCUGCAGCAGAGGAAGGGGCAGCCCUCGCCGCCCGGGCCUCGCCCCGCCGCCUACGUCGUGUGGAAAUCUGAGGAAACGUCUCCCAGCUAUGAGAUGUGGUUUCCUGGAGAUGAGGCACUGCAAAGCAGGGGUGAUUUCACUUGGAACAGCAUGUCAGGGCGCAGCGUUCGGCUGAAGUCAGUUCCCGUUCAAAGCCUCUCGGAGCUGGAGCGUGCUCGGCUGCAGGAAGUGGCUUUUUAUCAGUUGCAGCAGGACUGUGACCUGGGCUGUCAGAUUACUAUCCCUAAAGAUGGACAAAAGAGGAAGAAAUCAUUAAGAAAGAAACUGGACUCAUUAGGAAAGGAGAAGAACAGAGACAAAGAAUUUAUUCCCCAGGCUUUUGGAAUGCCCUUGUCCCAAGUGAUUGCUAAUGACCGGGCAUACAAGCUCAAGCAAGACUCUCAGAGAGAAGAGCAAAAAGAUGUUUCAGAUUUUGUGGCCUUUCUCUUGCCGUUCGGAACUAAAAGGCAGAACAAAGAACUUUCAAGCAGUAACUCAUCUCUUAGCUCAACCUCAGAAACACCGAACGAAUCCACUUCUCCUAACACACCCGAGCCAGCACCACGAGCACGGAGGCGUGGCGCGAUGUCUGUGGACUCUAUUACAGAUCUUGAUGACAAUCAGUCACGAUUGUUAGAGGCUCUCCAGCUCUCUUUGCCAGCAGAAGCCCAGAGCAAGAAAGAAAAGGCAAGAGAUAAGAAACUAAGCCUGAACCCUAUUUACAGGCAGGUUCCUCGGCUUGUAGAUAGUUGCUGCCAGCACUUGGAAAAGCAUGGUCUCCAGACCGUAGGAAUAUUCAGAGUUGGAAGCUCAAAAAAGAGAGUGAGACAGUUACGUGAAGAGUUUGACCGGGGCAUAGAUGUUGUAUUAGACGAAGAGCACAGCAUUCAUGAUGUUGCUGCUUUGUUAAAGGAAUUUCUGCGUGACAUGCCUGACCCGCUUCUCACCAGGGAACUUUAUACACCUUUCAUCAACACUCUCUUAUUAGAGCCAGAUGAACAGCUAAGCACCUUACAGCUUCUCAUUUAUCUUCUACCUCCCUGUAACUGCGAUACCUUGCACCGGCUGCUGCAGUUCCUCUCCACAGUGGCUGGCCACGCAGAAGACACCACAGACAAAGAUGGCCAAGAGAUUACUGGGAACAAAAUGACAUCACUUAACCUGGCUACCAUCUUUGGUCCUAACUUGUUGCACAAGCAGAAAUCUACAGACAAAGAAUUCUCAGUUCAGAGCUCAGCUCGAGCUGAAGAGAGUACUGCUAUCAUAGCUGUCGUACAAAAGAUGAUUGAAAACUAUGAAGCCCUUUUCAUGGUUCCCCCUGACCUACAGAAUGAAGUGCUUAUUAGCCUAUUAGAGACUGACCCAGAUGUUGUGGACUAUUUGUUGAGGAGGAAAGCUUCCCAGUCAUCGAGCCCUGAGAUGCUGCGGUCAGAAGGUUCCUACUCCACAGGAGGAAGACAUUCUUCCACAGACUCCAACAAAGCUUCAAGCGGAGAUGUCUCGCCUUAUGACAACAACUCCCCGGUACUGUCUGAGCGCUCGCCGAUAGCAACGCAAGAAGAAGUUGCCCGCAGCCCAGAGAAGCUGUACAAGGUACCUGAACAGUACACGCUGGUUGGACAUUUGCAGCCUAAGACAAAGGAGAAUUCUUCUGCAUCACAGGCUGGAAAAGAUGUCUCUGAAGAUCAUUUUGAUAUCUGGGGCACCUGGCAUUCAACACUGAAAAGUGGCUGCAAAGAUCCAGCUAUGACAGGUUCUUACGGGAACAUUUACGAAAGCAGCUUGCUGCGACCUGGACAGUGCUCUCUUUCCCAGGGGAACCUCGCCAUGUCUUCUCCUCGGUGGCGGGGCAGCUCCUCCGAGUUGGACACCGGCAGGCAGGUCAUGCGGAGGAGCCAGACGACUGCUGCCAUUCCGGAGUGUCAGCUGCAUCCCGCGGCGUCUCGGGUGUGCGGUAACGCACAAAUCGAAGUCGGCGGUAGGAGUUCGGACCUGUCACACUCAAAGUCGGAGCAGCACUUGACUUUAAGCAGCGUGGAGGACCUCAGCGAGCGUGACUCCAACGCGGGUUGUUCGCAAAGCACAGCCAAGCCCUCCUAUAGAAAAGAGCGGCCGCCACCCCCCUACCCAGGCCCAGCAAAAACGAGCUCUGCGUUGUCACAGCGAUCAAGCGUUUCUUCAACGUUGCACUCUUUGUGGAGACUUCAACGCCAAGAAAAAAGUUCAGGGACCAGAGGAGCUGGAGGACCGCCAGCCAAAGCCCCUGACCAGGCCACCUCCAGGCAGGAGCGGCCGGCCCCGCACACGCAAGCGGCUCACAUCUACUCCACGGCACCUCACAGUCAGAACAGUAAAAAUGUUUCAGAGGCGGACUGGCACGACUGGCAAAGGGAGAGGUGGCAAAUUUGGGAGCUGUUAUCGGCCGAUAACCCCGAUGCCCUCCCAGAAACGCUUGUAUGAUCAGACUCUGCAGAACUGCUACUCACACCUAUGCCUCCGACUCAUAGGAAAACAACGGUGACAUUGGAAAACGGGGAGGGCUUGUUUGUUUUAUAAAAACUGAAUUGCGUAUACUUUUUUUAAACUUUGUUCACUUUAAUUUCUUAACAGCACUGUCAAGCAGUCCAUUUACAAAUACAGUAUGUUCCUGUUUUUCAGCAAGCUUUUGAGAAAAAACAAGAUGAAAAUUUUAGUCUAAUAACUCGGUAUGCAUACGCUGUUUAUAAGAUAAAACUGUUGCUUUGAUGUUGCUAAAAAUGUAUUUAUAUAUCUGCAGUUUUGAUGAUUGUAUAUUCUGUAAUGGGUAUUGUACGAUAAUCAUAUAUUAAGUUUUCAUAUACAGAUGUCAAUCAAUCAUGACUGCUUUUUUUAAAAUCACUGCACUUACAUUACCGUGAUAUGCAUUGGAAUUCUAUAGAAAGUGCACAAGCUGGUUUCUGUGCUUAUAUAAAAAAAAAAACCUGUUAAAGGGGGAAGUUGUCCUUCUUUUCACUGCCUAUUGAAAAACACUAAAAUAGAGUGGAACGUGAAAAGCCAUAUAUUUUAUAAGGGUAGUAGUGAGCUUAGAAGGGAAAAUACCAAAUAUUUUUUUUCUUAUAAAUAUAUUUGCAAACAAAAUUAAAAUUUGAUACAAGAUUGUAAAAAUAUUUUUUUAGAUUCUGGUAGGAAGCAGCUCAAAGAAUCAACUAAGAGCAAGGCCGUGCCUGAACCAACUAAGGAUGUAGUGCAAAGGUCUGCCCUCCCAUUCUAGAGGAAAACCAAUGUUAUGUAUACAGGAUAUAAUAUAUAUAUUUAUAAAUGUAUGAUUUUAUGUAUUGUUCUAAAACAAUAAACUGGAAUCCAAAUUUUAGAAAACGAAACCCAAUAAAUUGAGGUGUGUAACAAAUGAGAAAGAAUAUGGCUUUUCCUUUGAAAUAACAAAGCUUCAGCAUUAAGAAGGUUAGAGAAAGGGAAAAAAAAUGCAGACAGACACAUGAAGGGGAGUCACACAGUUUCAGAAAUGAACAUGAUGUUUGGAGAAGUUCACAGCUGCAUUUCUAUAAAUAUUGUGCCAAAGUCUGGGUCAACAGUACUUCUUCAAUAACUGUAUGUUGCAUUGUUAAAUGUUGCUGUUUUAUACACGUUCUGGUGGUUUUAAGUUGCAAAAUUGUUUAUGGCCAGCAGGUGGCAAUGUACUUCAGUAUUCUAGAGAAAAUUCUUUUUAUCACUUGAUAAGGGAAAGUGUAUCAUAUCAAAAGAAUUUUAUAAAACAUAUUAGUCUUAAUUUUAAUGAAGUUGAAGACUUAUUCAGUGAUGUUGUCUUUAAGUUCUAUCUUGUGCCAUAACGAUGGAAUAAAAAGCUAAGCAAAAUAA